AUGACAGUUCCAAAGAAUUGUGGUUUACAGACCCUAGAACUUAGUGACAAUCACUUAGAAAGGGAGGUUCCAGAAUCUCUGGCUUACUGCACAAUGCUAGAGGUUUUGAACCUUGGGAACAAUCUGAUAAGUGGUACCUUUCCCUGCUGGUUGAUGAACUCAACCAGUAUACGGGUUCUUGUAUUGCGAUCCACCAAUUUUCACGGAUCCAUAGGAUGUCCGGCAAUCAAACCCGCAUGGCCAAUACUUCAAAUUGUUGACCUUGCUUCCAACAAUUUUAGUGGGAAGUUGCUGCCACAAUUUUUCUUCAACUGGAAGACAAUGAUGGCCAAUGAAGAAGAAGCAUCAUCCAAGCUUAAUCACCUGUGCUUUGAAUUUUUAUCACUCAACCAUUUUUACUACCAAGAUGUGGUAACAGUGAGAAACAAAGGUCUACAGAUGAAGCUUACGACAAUUUUGAAUGUCUUCACCAGCAUCGACUUCUCAUACAACAAUUUCCAAGGGGAGAUACCGAAGGAGAUUGGAGACCUCAAAUCUCUUUAUGUUCUCAACUUAUCACAAAAUGGCUUCACAGGUCAAGUCCCUUCAACAUUCGGAAACUUGAAAAAACUUGAAUCACUCGACCUCUCACUUAACAACCUGAUAGGGGAGAUCCCUCCACAGCUUGCAAGCCUCACUUUCCUUUCAGUCUUGAACCUCUAA